UUUAAAUUAUUGAAACAUCCACUUCAAAAGUGCUUCCAAACUUUCUUCACAUUUUCUCUCAAAAAGAAUCGAUAAUGGAAGGAAUAGAACACAGAACAGUGGAAGUGAAUGGCAUCAAAAUGCAUAUUGCCGAGAAAGGCAAAGAAGGACCUGUUGUUUUGUUCCUUCACGGCUUCCCUGAACUCUGGUACUCAUGGCGCCACCAGAUUGCUGCUAUUGGUUCCCUCGGUUACCGCGCGGUGGCUCCGGAUCUCCGUGGUUACGGGGACACCGAUGCUCCGUCUUCAGUAAGCAGUUACACAGGAUUUCAUAUAGUAGGUGACCUUGUUGCUCUCAUUGAUUUACUCGGUGUUGAACAAGUGUUCCUCGUGGCUCAUGAUUGGGGUGCUCUCAUUGGUUGGUAUUUAUGCAUGUUUCGUCCUGAAAGAAUCAAAGCCUAUGUGUGUCUCAGUGUUCCCUUACUCCGUAGAGACCCCAAAGUCAGAACCGUUGAUGGCAUGCAUGCUGCUUAUGGAGAUGAUUAUUAUAUCUCCAGAUUUCAGGAACCGGCCAAAAUGGAAGCUGAGAUGGCUGAAGCUGGCACUGCAUAUGUGAUGAAAAAUAUUCUCACAACUCGCCAAACUGGUCCUCCGAUUUUUCCCAAGGGAGAGUAUGGAACUGGAUUCAACCCGGAUACCCCUGAUACUUUGCCAUCUUGGCUCACAGAAGAUGAUCUUGCUUAUUAUGUCUCCAAAUUUGAGAAAACUGGCUUCACCGGAGGAUUGAACUACUAUAGAAACUUUAACCUAAAUUGGGAGCUGAUGGCACCGUGGAAUGGAGUGAAAAUCAAGGUGCCUGUGAAAUUCAUUACUGGUGAGUUAGAUUCGGUAUACACCUCGCUUAACAUGAAAGAGUAUAUACAUGGUGGAGGUUUCAAGGAAGAUGUGCUCAAUUUAGAGGAAGUGAUUGUGCAGAAAGGGGUGGCUCAUUUCAAUAAUCAGGAAACAGCAGAGGAAAUUAACAAUCACAUUUACGAAUUCAUCAAGAAGUUUUGAGCUGAUCUGUCAAUAAAAUAAUCCGGCAUUAUAUUUGCAAUAAUGGUUCACUUGUACUUGGUACUAGAUAUUGGAUCUAUGUCUCUGUUUCGAAAUAGCUCUCCACCAGUGUUAACAGAAAGAAUCUGUAUUUUGUUACUAUUUCCUUUAAAUAGAAAUAUGAUCUUGGCUUGUCUUCUACU